AUGGACGAUUACGCAAGAACAAAAUAUAUUCCUGUGCUAUUUCUAUGUCUGAGCUGUUGUUAUGCAUUGCCUCGUGUGACAUUAUCGAACAAUGAGCGAAAUUUGCCUACCUCAAAUGCUCAAGUACACUAUAAUAUUACGAAUGCUGAAGUUCAUCACCCGACAAUAGAUGAGGUGUCUUAUGUCGAUUUUGAGCCUGCGUUUACACUUCCUUCCAAAAAGCCAAACCUUUGCAACGAUUGCGUUUGUGGGCUUGGAAGAAAAUCGAGAAUUGUUGGUGGUAAUGUUACGAGUGUUUAUGAUUACCCCUGGCUUGUUAGUAUGAGUAAAAAGGGAACGUUUUACUGUGCUGGAAGUGUAAUAACACGAAAGCACGUACUUACUGCGGCUCACUGUUUGCAAGGAUUCGAUAUUAAAACCAUCAAACUUGUUUUGAUGGAUAGCGAUCGUUCCUCGGUAAGCAGAAACGCUAUAGUUCGACGUAUUAAAUCGGCAAUUAUUCAUGAGAAUUUCCAUAGUUAUACCUUCAAUAAUGAUAUUGCAAUCAUAGAAAUGGAUGAACCCGUAUCUGUAAAUGGUAUUGUACGAACAGCAUGUUUACCAGAAGACAAAACAAUUGAUUAUACUGGCGCGCUCGCUACCGCAGUGGGAUGGGGUCGGACAGGCGAGACCAAACCGGUAAGUAACGAAUUACGAAAAGUCAAUCUGCCAAUCUUAUCACAAGAGGAAUGCGAUCAAGCCGGAUAUGCGAAGGAUCGCAUCACCAAAAAUAUGUUUUGUGCCGGCUAUAUACUACAUCCAGAAGGAGCAGUAGGAGGACGAGAUGCUUGUUUUGGCGAUAGUGGUGGUCCUUUACAUGUUAAAGGAAUUUACGGACAACUUGAAGUAGUAGGUUUAGUUUCUUGGGGAAGAGGAUGUGGGAGACCAAACUUUCCUGGAGUAUUUACGAAACUAACAAAUUACAUUGGAUGGCUAAAAGAUCAUUUACACGACGAAUGUAUUUGCCCUCCACCACAUCGACAAUAA